UCCCCCGGAUCAUAUAGUGCAGUAGUCGGCAAAGAAAAGUGACCACAGCGAGAGCCUAUCCAGCCCUGUGCGCGGCGGGACUGCGACCAAACGGACUCAUUCACCCCCCGCGACUGUUUACAACCCGGGGAAACACGCCGAGCCGAACCAGAGAGAGGGACGGAUCCAGAACUGAGCCGGAGUCAACGCGAGGAGUCACCGUGCGCCUUUUUUUCUGCUGCUUUUUUCUGUUUCUUUUUUUUUUUUUGUGGACACUUACAAAUUGCGCACGGUGGAUCUAUGAAGACGCAGGAGGGUUGUUCACUCUCAACACCAGACAGAGGGAACAGGGAGUGAUUCACCCCCGUGCCUGCAGCCCCCAUGCCGGGCAUUAGCUCCACCGCGCCUCGUUAUGAAAACUGGGACAUGGACCACCUCGACCACUACCAACAUUAUUUCUACGACGACCACCACGACCCGGACGAGGAUUUCUUCAAGUCCACUGCGCCCAGCGAGGACAUAUGGAAGAAAUUCGAGCUGGUACCGACCCCGCCCAUGUCACCUAUCCGGGCGGUGGAAGGGUCGGGCAGGGUCGGGCUGCUGUAUCCGUCCCUGGGGGACAAGCUGGAGUGGGUGUCUCAGUUCUUGGGACAGGAGGACGAACAACAGCAGCAACAGCAGCAGCAGCAGGACCUGCCGUGCAAGCUCACCACGGCUAAUGAGUCCUUCGGAAACCUGAGCUCCAUCAUCAUCCAGGACUGCAUGUGGAGCGGCUUCUCGGCCGGACAGCAGCUGGAGAGAGUUGUAGGGGAGCGCUGCGCCUCCUGUCCCGGGACGGGGGCCUCUGCCAAAGUCGCAGCCGGUUCUGCCGGUCCGUCCCCGGGACGAGCGCAGAGUGCGCCCGCCGACGCGUCGGUUCUCAGCGGGCUGGCGGCGGACUGUGUGGACCCGGCUGCGGUGCUCACUUUCCCGUUAACCGGUGGAUGCAAGAAGCAAGUGUCGUCUGGUUCGGAGUCUCACACCGACUCAUCAGACGAUGAUGAUGACAAAGAUGAUGACGAGGAGGAGAUCGACGUGGUGACGGUGGAGCACAAGCAGCAACGCAAACCUCGACGACUGGUCAACACCCGUAAGCCGGUGACCAUAACGGUGCGGGCCGACCCCCUUGACCCCGGCAUGAAGCGGUUCCACAUCUCCAUCCACCAACAGCAGCACAACUACGCUGCGCCCUCCCCGGACACGCUCCCCCCGCCGGUUGAGCCGCCUCGCAAGAGGGUCCGGCAGGAGGCCUUCACCCAGGCCCCCCAGCUGCACCAGAACUCUCAUCACCACCAGCCUCGGCCCGGCCACGCCCCUCAGAACUUAGACAGCAGGAGGUCUUACUCGACCGUGGCUGGAGUCAGGUCAGAGUCCCCCAACCUCAGCGCUUCCUCUCCUACCUCCUCCACGUCACCUUCGUCUCCUCCCUCCUCCUCCUCCUCCUCCUCUUCCUCCUCCUCUUCCUCGAGCUCCCAUCCCCAAAACUCUCCCUCGAAGGCCAACUUCCUCUCCCACCUCUCCAGCCCCCAAUCCUCCGACUGCGAGGACACAGACAAACGCAAGGCACACAACUUCCUCGAGCGCAAGCGGAGGAACGACCUGCGCUCACGCUUCCUGUCGCUGCGGGACGAGAUCCCGGGCUUGGCGGACUGCCCCAAGACGCCGAAGGUGGCAAUCCUGACACGAGCCACGGAGUACCUGCAGCAGCUGCACACCAGCGAGAGGCAGAAGGCUCUGGAGAGGAAGCAGCUGAAAGCCCGGCAGCUGCAGUUGCUGCAGAGGCUGGCACACCUCAAACGAUCCUGAGCGGCGGGGUCGGCGGUCACCACACACUCACAGAACUGAACAGGGACUAAAUGAAGGAGAAAAGACACUAAUGUUCACUUUGGAUUGGUCACGUUGGAAUAGUGCGGGUGGAUUUUUCUUUUUGUUUAUUACUUUUGUGGUUUGCACAUUAGCUUCUGAGUGAUUGACGAGGCCGUUAGCUGGACAGGACAGCGAGCUAGGGACUGAUCAUACGGGGCAUCUUACGGGCAGAUCAACAUGUCCAUGGUUACUCAAUAUAAGUUUGUCAAACUGUUAUAAUUCCCCUUGCUAAACACUGUUGCUUGCUACUAAGAAGCUUGUUGUGAAUGCAGCAGCUUCUUGUUGAAAACCUGCUACAACUGGGCUGUUUAGCUGCUGCAUGGUCUGGUCAGGCGUCUCCUUGAUAGUGAUUGGGCUCGGUGUGCUCGCACAGCAGUGAUGUCUCCACUUUCUGUCAGGCUAAAGAGCCCCCUGGAGUCUCCUUCAAAUUUCAGCUUCUCUAUAGUCCACUGCUCUUUAGUGCUUGGCUUACAACUUGUGCAUUUUGUGAUCAAGUUGUGCCUUUUUUCUGCUGUGUCCUUUCCCCUUUUUCAUUUUUCUCCCAUUCUCUGUAGCAUCUGACCUCCUCCCUCCUUGUUCUUUUCUUCACUCUUUGCCUCGUCAGCAGUCGACGCUUCUAGCUGAUAACGGGAAUGCAAGGGGGCUGUAGGGGGACUGCACUGAGCCGUGCAACACUGGAAGGCUACGAAGGGUUCAGCGCCUCCUGGACUAGCUCAGGUUAAGUCCUUACUUCUGUGCCUGCAGGUUUCCAUUCAUAACCUCACCGUUUCCGUCUUGCAUCACAGAUGCUUUGACAGCAGCACCAUGCCCACAGCGACAGCCUGUUUUGUAGCAUUGUUUGGAGGCAAUGGGAGCAAAAAAAAAGAAAAAAAAUGUUGCCAUGCAGGCAUUGUUUGAAACUCAAUCAAAUUCUGCAGAAACACUAUGAGCUUAAUUAUUGUUUGUGCCAUGGAGACGAGCCAAAAGGUGAAUGGUGGCUUCAAAUUAUCAACCAAAAGACGAAUGGCUUAUAUUUAAUCUGUAUGUUCAAGCAAUGUGAAAAAUGCCAACUUUUGCUUGGAGAUGAAGCCCACAGAGUUCCAACUGUACAUUUCUUUCAUCUUGCUGUCUGAUGAUAUUUGUAAAUUGAUUUUGUUUUGUUUUGUUUUUUGCAUUUGAUGUAAUGCCUAUAGAAGCCUUUCAAUGUAUGUAGACUAUCCUGUUGGAUGUUAUGUAUAUAGUACCCUUACUGUACAGUCCCUUCCAAACCAAAACCAGAGCUGUCUACUAUACUCAUCCUAGACUUCAUCAGGACCCGAGUCCUAAACCGGGGCCGAGCUUGCUGGCUUUUCAAAGAUAACUCAAAGCUUCUAUUUUUGUUAAUAAAAUGAUUAUAAAAGAGUCAAAAUAAAACACUUACUGAACAUUGAUCACACUAGCCACUUUGUCACCACUUUCUUUUUUCUGCAAUGCCUACUUCUUUUCUUUACCGCUCAUUACUUUUUCUGUCUCUGGGGUUUCUUUAUUUGUACAAGUCAAGAGCUGACAAAAAGUUUUAUACUAUAUUUUCCUACCGAGUUGUGUUUCAGUGUGAGCUAAUGACUGUUUUUGUUAUUGCAGCUGGCAGGGCCUUAUUGGUGGUUAUGUGCUGAAAAUUGGCAGGUACACUUUGCUUUCUCUCUCUCGAGUGGAAAGCACCUGAACGCUCCUGUGUUCAAUCCAAUCACUGGAGCUGUAGCACUCUCUUAAAUCUGGUGGCGAAGUGGAGGAGGAGGAGGAGGGUGGACUUAAGAGGAUCUACUGAUUAAACUUCUGGCUGUGUGUAGCCUUUACUGACCUUAAUGUUACUGCUUUCUCUCUGCUUUAAUUUUUAAUUUUUUUUUCUUUUUUUGCAAGUCUUGUGCUCCCUCCUGUCCCAUUACAAGCCAUGCAUCGGAGAACACUGUAGCCCUGGAUCUAGUACUGUAAAUGACUCGGAUCAUGAUGAGAGCGUGCCCUGCUCUUACCAGCUCUCAGGAAACUCCCCAAGCAGUGUGUUGCUCUUUUGAUAGGGCCAAAGUGCUUGAGGAAAACACCCCCUGCUGUAGUAUGCUGUAUAAACAAUGUCACGACAGACACACACAGAAAGAAAGAGAAUAUUUAAUCUGAGGAACAAUCUAGAGAAUGUUUCCCUUUUCCUCUUUCCGUCUUCUAAAUUGGCUGUAAUAUCAUAUCUGCUCAUUUCAGCACAAACCACCUCUACAGCCCUGAUUUCAUUUUAUUUUUCUCCACAGGGUGCACCCACAGCACUUUUUUUUAAAUUUGUUUGACUUGUCUCUGCUGUUGGCACAGUCAUGGUAGCAGUGGACGUUGCUUACUUACUUUUGGAGUUCAGUUAUGGUGAUUUUGGAGCCUUGUCUCAGCACUUUGUUUUUUUUCUGUACCUCAUAAGCCUCUAUGUAUGAAGAGUAAGUCAGAAAAAUAAUAAAUUCAUGGUUUGACAUCA